GUCAUCGGCGCUGGCGCCGGCGCCGUGGGUGUGGGCGACGUCACCCUUAUCAGAAAGCAUGUAUGAUGUUUUUCUGAACUUUAGAGGCGCAGAUUCAAGGUUCCUGUUCACAGACUAUCUGUAUCAUGGACUUGCCGACGUAAAAAAACUGGAGGUAUUCAGAGAUGAUCCGGGUCUGGAACUAGGAGACGCAAUUAAAGCUACUCUGAUGGAAGCCAUUAAAAGAUCAAGGAUUCAUAUUGUUGUGAUGAGUGAAAACUAUGUAUCUUCCCGGUGGUGCCUACUAGAACUACAGCAGAUGCUCAAGUUUGGAAAGAAAGGGUCCGUUAUCCCAAUUUUUUAUCGCGUGGAGCCGUCAGAAGUGAGAUUUAGCGACAAAUCUAAGGAAGCCAUGAAGAAACAUGAAGAGAGAUACGGCAAAGACACGGCGGACGCGUGGAAGUCGGCUCUAUCUAUAGUUUGCGGGCUAAGCGGGGAACACAUUUUUUGUGUUGAGAAAUCACAGAAGUAUGAAACUGGGGUCAUUGGCAAGAUUGUUGAACAAGUCUCUGCAAAACUUCUAAAGAUCAAGCAACAAAUAAAUAGAUUUGAUUCUCAAUUUGAAGAGGUUGAAUCACUUUUGAACCUUGAAUCUCAUGAUACUACUGUUCGUAUGGUGGGAAUUUAUGAAGAUCCUAAAAUAGGCAAAAGUUACAUAACAACAUUUGCCUUUGAGCUAUACUAUAAGAUCAAAUAUAAGUUCCAAGCGGCAGGUUUUCUUGUCAAUGUUAGUAAACAGCUAAUGAAAAUCACCGAUAAUCUCUUGGAAAAUCUCCAAAAGGAGCUUCUUUCUGAUAUGGAUGUGGAGACCAUGCAGGAAUUGGAGCAUAAAAAAAUGCUUCUGGUUCUGGAAGGGGUUGAUAAUAAAGAUCAUUUGGAGUUGCUAGUGGGAAUGGGAAUAGGUGAUUGGUUUGGUCGUGGUAGUAGGAUCAUCAUAGCAACAGAAAACAGAUAUCUUUUUCGUUAUUGUCCUCCUGUGAUGAAUGGUGUUAAGCUUGAGAAACAUUGCAUACAUGAAGGUGAAUUGGUGAAGGAAAAAAUUGUGAAGGAAAAGAAUGUAGUGGGAUUUGUAAAGGAUUUCAUUGAUGUAAUUAAUCAACUGAGGGAAGAAGAUUCAAAGGGGAGGAAUGUCGUUUCCAUUGUUGGCAUGGGAGGAUCAGGCAAGACCACCCUUGCCCGAAAGAUCUUCGAUAGCAAAUUGGUCACUGAGCUAUUCCCUUACCGUGCAUGGGUAAUUGUUUCCAAAGAUUAUAGAGAAAAUGAAGUUUUCUUAAGCCUUCACCGCUCUUUGAUGCCAUCCACCACACCUAUACCUAAUAAUGAAGAGGUUUUAAAGGCAAAUGUGAGAAAAUAUUUGAAUCGGAAAAGGAGAAAGUAUUUGGUAGUUCUAGAUGAUGUGUGGGAUACUCAAGUGUGGGACAAGAUAAAGGAUUAUGUUCUCCCAGAUAACAAUAAUGGAAGCAGGAUAUUGGUGACUACACGAAAUCAUCAGGUGGCAAACUAUGCAAGGUCAAAGGAGCCUCACCAUGAACUUAGCCGUUUGAAUGAAGAAGAAAGUUGGGAAUUGUUUUGCAGUUACGUGUUUUGUGGAGAAGAAUGUCCCCCUGAUUUAGAGCCUAUUGGUAAAUCAAUUGCUGAAAGUUGCAAGGGUUUACCAUUGGCUAUCAAAACCACAGCUGGAAUUGUGGCAAAGCGAGAGAGAUCACAAGAUGCAUGGCAAAAAAUCAAGAACCUGAUCCCUUAUUGGCGUGUUGCUGAAGACAAGGAUGGUAAGAAGAUGAUGGAGAUAUUGAAGCUUAGCUACGAUGAUCUGUAUGAGAAAAUGAAGCCAUGCUUUUUAUAUCUUGGAGUGUUUCCUGAAGAUGAAGAGAUUUGGGUGAGAGACUUAAUCCAUCUAUGGAUAGCAGAAGGGUUCAUAGAACCAAUCCAAACUGGAAGAUCAAAAGCACCACCCCCAGAACCUGAAGAUAUUGGUGAGCAAUACUUGAAGGAGCUAGUGGACCGUAACUUGGUACAAGUGACCAGUAGGAAGAGUGAUGGCAAAGGCGUGAAAACAUGUCGGAUCCAUGAUCUCAUCCGAGAACUAUGCAUAUCAGUGAGUAAUAACAGUAACAAUGCUCGUAGGUUGUCCUUUCCCAAUGAUGUAGGAUCCUAUGCAUGUUCAGUAACAUGUAACCAAUCAAGGACUUGUUCCUUGUUCGCUUAUGGAGAUAUCGCGGGGUGGUCACAUCAUGUUCCAGAAGAUUGCCAGGUUAAUGUGCUAUACUUGAAAGGAGUGGAUUGGAAUCUAUCUAGCAAAGAGAAUUCUGAGUAUUUGAUGAGGUUGAAAAGCCUCAGGUUCUUGAAAAUGGAUUAUACUGCCCCACGCGGGUUAUUUAAUAAGCUUCAGAGUUUACAAACAUUACGUGUACUGACCACUUUGGAGUAUGAGAAAACCAUUGAUGAGGGGUUAAGGCAUUUGAGACAUCUUAGUUGUGCUUCUGGAGUGCAUUUAUUAGAAAAAGAAGGGGUUAAAUAUAAAAUGCAAAAUGUUCAAACUCUAUGUGAUGUGUAUAUGGAUUCACGACUGGGGUUCUUACUCGACAAUGGCUACUUUCCCAACUUGAGAACACUGGGUUUAAUACCGAUGAGUGAAGACCAAGGUCAAUCAUUGAGGAACUUGCACCGCCUAAGCAAGCUACAUAAAUUGAAAUUACAGUUUGGGGUCUACUCUAGAAGGGUUCCAUUAGAUAAAAUUACAUUUCCGUCAAAUCUUAGCAAGAUUACCUUGUCAUGGUUUGAGGAUUUAAAGUACCAAGACAUGAAUGCUUUGGGACAAAUUCCCAGCCUUCAAAUUUUAAAAUUAUAUCAAGUGAAAUGUACCAAAAAAGCCCUUAAUUGUGGUGGUGCUGGGAGCUUUCCGCAGCUUCAAGUUUUUAUCAUGAUAUCAGUGAAGGUCACACGUGUUACAUUAGAAGACGCUGCGAUGCCUUGCCUUCAACGUGCGCUCUUUCGUGAGUGUCGUGGCUUGAAGUCCAAGUACCUUCCUGAACGAAUGCUUUCCUUGGGUAGUAACUUGCAUUUUAUAGAACCUUUUGAUGAUGAUGAUGAUGAUAUUGUUGAUGAGGAUUUUAAUUUUGAUGAUUGAUUGAUUUCUGUGAAGUAUUGGAUGUCAAUGUCACAGCUUUUCCAAAAGCAGAACUCUCCUCCAUAAUACAUACAUCAUUUCAUGAUGUGCUCCUGCAGCCUCAUUGUAUUGCAAUGGAGUAGUUGUGAUCCUCUAAUAUUGCACUACUUUUUUUUCUUUUUUUAAUAUUGAAUAAAGUGUUUUUUUUAAUUAUUUGAAUGACACCUUUUAUUACUUUUAAUUUCAUAUUGUAAUUCCUCCAAUACAUGUUUAUUAUGGUUUACUAUUAUUUAAGUUGUGAUGUUCUAUUUGAAGUUUUGAAUGCCAUGUAAUUUUUUUGUUAUAAAUAAAUAUGGGAUGAGUGUUUCAUAA